CCCUGGCCAAUCCGACUGCGUGCUCGCCCUCCAAGACUCACACGUCACCUCAUUCCGCUUCCGGCAAGGCCCGCAGCCUCACGGCAAGGACCCAAGGAGAGCUGCCCGGCGCACCGCCUGAAGGACCCCGCUUGGGCCGCACAGGCUAGCUAUCACGGUGCCUGGUGGCUGGGCGGCGCAGCGGGAGGACCAGGUGAAUCCGGCCCCGAACUCUAGCAGGACUGGGGCUCCGAAUAGCCCAGAAUCUGGAGUGGGCUUAGGCCCCGGUACAGGGGCAAGGGUCGCGCGGCUGUAGGCCUGGAGAAACGGAGGGGCAGCGAGGAAGGGGACGGUGUCAAGAGCAGAGGGAGUGAGAUGACUUCUAUCUUGCGAAGCCCUCAGGCUCUCCAGCUCACUCUGGCCCUGAUCAAGCCUGAUGCAGUUGCUCACCCACUGAUUCUGGAGGCUGUUCAUCAGCAGAUUCUGAGCAACAAGUUCCUUAUUGUACGAAUGAGAGAACUUCUGUGGAGAAAAGAAGAUUGCCAGAAGUUUUACCAAGAGCACGAAGGGCGUUUUUUCUAUCAGCGGCUGGUGGAGUUCAUGGCCAGUGGGCCAAUCCGAGCCUACAUCCUCGCCCACAAGGAUGCCAUCCAGUUCUGGAGGACGCUGAUGGGACCCACCAGAGUGUUUCGAGCACGCUACGUGGCCCCAGAUUCAAUUCGGGGGAGUUUUGGCCUCACUGACACCCGCAACACAACCCAUGGCUCCGACUCUGUGGUUUCAGCCAGUAGAGAGAUUGCAGCCUUCUUCCCUGACUUCAGUGAACAGCGCUGGUAUGAGGAAGAGGAACCCCAGUUGCGCUAUGGCCCUGUGUGCUACAGUCCAGAGGGAGGCAUCCACUAUGCAGCCGGAACAGGAGGCGUGGGACCAGCCUGAUUCAGGCCUGUUGGUCUGUGAAGACUGGUGGCAUUGCCCAACCUUUUCUUGUAGACCUCUGGUCCAGGGUAUUCUCCUAGGACCAGGGAGGCCUUGGGCUCAUGGUGCCAUCUCUACUGGGCAACGCCACCUGCCUGAGGGCCUAGCUCCUCAUUGCCACCUCCUCUAGAAUCUAGCUCUGUCUGCCUCUUCUCUGAAUGUUCUUGAGUGGUUCAGAGGAAUGAUGGCUCCUCUUUUUUCUGAGAACUAUGCAUCUUUUUUCAAGGAGGAGCUUGCCUAAUUGGCUUGCCUGAAAAAUGCAGUGACUGUGUAUAAGCAACAUUUGGCCUAUCUUCUUCAAUAAAAGUCAGUGUUCUACUGAA